AUGUCCUCUCAGGUUGAGGUGACAACAACUGAGAUCAAGAAAGACUCGGUCACUUGUCACCUAUCAAGCAUGUUGCCUACUUUAGUUCAUGCGGGAAACAGAACCGCUGCUAACAAAGGUCGUAAGCGAGCGGCAGAUUUGACUGCGCUCCUUUUAACACUAAACAAAAUAGAACUAACGAAUGAAAUAGCUGCGCAGAAACCUCCAUCUAUCAGAAGAAACUCACUUCUUGAGAGCGCAACACACGUCCUCAGAUUAAAGUUUCGCCACUCCGAAGUGGGCACGGAAAACUGCGCUCGUCUCAGGAGAUGGGAUGCGUUACACAUGACACAGCUACCUUGGCUUGCAACUCUGGAUGCAUUCUUUGAAGGUCACCAUCCGAAGAAGAAGACAGUGGUUGCCAAAGUGACUGAGCUGAUUGGCAAACUUCUAUGA